AUGGGAAAGUUCGGACUUGCCCUCGGGGCUCUGGCCAUCCAAACGGCCUUGGGAGCUCCUACAUCCUCCCGCAAGAGCUCUAGCUACGUCGACUGGAGACAGUUCAAAGCCCAUGCAGUGAACCUCGGCGGCUGGCUGGUGCAAGAGUCCACCAUCAACAGUGCAUGGUGGGGUGAAUAUGCCGGGGGCGCAUCGGAUGAAUGGGGUUUCUGUGAAAACCUGGGGUCACAGUGCGGGCCCGUCUUCGAGGAACACUACGCUACUUGGAUCACCACCGUCGACGUCGACAAGCUGGCCCAGGUCGGAGUCACUGCCCUUCGUAUUCCUACUACCUAUGCUGCCUGGGUUAAGUAUCCAGGGUCCAAGCUCUACUCUGGCAACCAGACCAAGUACCUGUCGGAAAUUGCCACAUAUGCUAUUGAACAAUAUGGCAUGCACAUCAUCGUCGACAUCCAUGGGCUGCCGGGAGGCAUCAAUGGAUUGACCAUCGGCGAGGCCACUGGCCACUACGGUUGGUGGUACAACCAAACCAACUUCGACUACUCCCUGCAGGCAGUUGACGCUCUGCUCGCCUUCAUCCAGAAAUCCGGCCACCCCGAGUCCUACACGCUGGAGCCCUCCAACGAAGCCGUCGACAACAAGGACUUCUCCGUCUUCGGCACCCCAGCCGCCCUCACCGACAAGGCCGCAACAUGGCUACUGAAGUACUACCACGCCGUGAUCGACCACGUCAACGCGGUGAACCCAAACAUCCCCGUGAUGCUGCAGGACAGCUUCAAGGGCGAGAAGUUCUGGUCCGGCAACUUCUCGGCGGACGCCAACAUCAUCAUCGAUGUGCACAACUACUGGUUCGACGACAAGAACGCUACGUCCGAGACCUUAGCAAAGGACAUCUGCACGCGCGCCAAGUCUAAUGUCGGCGAUGCCAAGUUCCCCGUCUUCGUCGGCGAGUGGUCUAUCCAGGCGGGCUCGAACAACACCUUCGCCCUGCGCGAACGCAACUUGAAUGCCGGUCUGCAUGCCUUCUACCAGUAUGUCCAGGGCUCGUCCUACUGGACGUCUAAGUUCUACGGUAACGGGACUGUGAGCGGUCAGGGUAACCAGACGGAUUACUGGAACUUCGAGGGGUUCGUUGACAGUGGCUAUGUGCACUUGGACAGCACGGACUAUCAAUGCUUGUAA